GGGAGAGAUAUAUGGAUGGAUGCAACUGAUGCCUAAUGUCAGUGUGAUGUGAAGCUGCAGCCUUGCAGGCAUUUUUUUUCUGCAUUUGUGCAGCCCCGUGUUUGGCGGUGCCGUGUGCUUCCAGCCAGCUGAAGGUGGCUUCCUGCCGGCUGAGAUGCGUGAAUAGGAAACACUGUGAACAGGAGCUCAUGCUGAUGAAACUGAUCUGCUCUGUGAGCUCCAACCAGAGCCAUGGGGAGUAUCCUGACUGCCACACUGAGGCGGAGUGUGACGGGCCGGAGGCUUCUCUCCUGGUGUCUCCGCUGGUGGUGGCGGGUAUCGUUAUAGGACUUGUCCUCUUCCUCUCCUGCAUCACCAUCAUCAUCGGCAGCCUGCGUAAAGACAGCCGACAGAACCCACAACUCCAAGCCAGUUAUGGUCCAGAUGGUUUCUCCUUUGGAGGUUCAAUAGGAGAACUGAGGUCUAUCUGCUUGGAAGACUUUCCUCCUGGUUUGGACUUUGACUCCUAUGGAGAGACUCUGUCUCAGGUCAACAACCUGUACCCGAACUCACCUCCUCGUUACGAUGAGUGCAUUGGUGAUGGUGCGACUCAGAUCUACAUACCUACUGAUGAUCCACCACCUUACUCCCUACUGGACCCCUGUCAGAGAGGGGCAGGGCUUGAGGAGGAGCCCAACUACACCAGCCCGGAUCUGUCUUCAUAUUUCGGAGAGACCGCAGCCACUGGUAUUUGGUUUUCUUCGUGCCACGGCCCAAUGGGACUGCAGGAAGAAGAGCAGCAACGAAUAGCGUCCAUCACCUUCCUGCUGGAAGCAGCACCUCCUUAUGAGUCCGUGCUGGCCGAGCAGGAACGGCACCUCCCACUCAUGCCAUGUGACCAUCACAAGCAUCAAUCAGAGCGAGAGGAAGAGGGGCAUUCCCAGCAAGUAGGAGCAAACCAGACCUAGUAGGACAAAUGGUUUCUUUGCCUUGCAUUGCCGUUAGCUGUGACACCAGCCACAAGGAAACACUUCAAUGUGAUGUUCGCACGUUCACACUGUAGCUUAGUGUGUCAAACAGCAGAUUUUAGCAGCUCACUGAACUUCAACCAGCAUUCCAGUGUUGUAGUAGCUGCACUUUAACUCAAAAGGACGAGGAUUUGAUUGUGUUGUAAAGUUUUUGGAGAGACAGUGCCUCAUCAUCGUCUGAGCAACGCUCCUUCGGUUUCUGAUGUGUCUUUACGAAUAAUCUCUCCUUUUUUUGCCCCUUGGAUCUGAUCCAGAAUGUAUGUUUGUAGUUUAGGCUAAGUUAUAGUUGUGUUAUGCCAAUAUCAUCAUCAUACUAUAGACUAGUGGUUCCCAAACAUUUUUCAAGCUGUAGAUCAGAAUAUUUAAAGUGACAUAU